GGAGGCGCGGGAGUUAUGGAGGGGGCGGGCUCUGCAGGGAAGUGCGUCAGAGGAGGCGCGGGGAGAGUAGGGUGCAGUGGUUUGAGCUUGAGGGUGAAGCUGGCGGAGCAGGAGGAUGGGCGUGUGCAGGUGAUAGACUAGAGAACAAGACCUCUGUCUCCGUAGCAUCCUGGAGCAGUCUGAAUGCCAGAAUGGAUAACCGUUUUGCUACAGCAUUUGUAAUUGCUUGUGUGCUUAGCCUCAUUUCUACCAUCUACAUGGCAGCCUCAAUUGGCACAGACUUCUGGUAUGAAUAUCGAAGUCCAGUUCAAGAAAAUUCCAGUGAUUUGAACAAAAGCAUCUGGACCGACUUUGCUAGUGAUGAGGCAGAUGAGAAGACUUACAAUGAUGCACUUUUCCGAUAUAAUGGCACGGUGGGAUUGUGGAGACGGUGUAUCACUAUACCCCAGAACACAUACUGGUAUAGCCCACCGGAAAGGACAGAGUCAUUUGAUAUGGUCACAAAAUGUAUGAGUUUCACGCUAAAUGAGCAGUUCAUGGAGAAAUUUGUUGAUCCUGGAAACCACAAUAGUGGGAUUGAUCUGCUUCGGACCUAUCUUUGGCGUUGCCAGUUUCUUUUACCUUUUGUUAGUCUAGGUUUGAUGUGCUUUGGGGCUUUGAUUGGACUUUGUGCUUGUAUCUGCCGAAGCUUGUAUCCCACCAUUGCCACAGGCAUUCUCCAUCUCCUUGCAGGUCUGUGUACACUGGGCUCAGUGAGUUGUUACGUUGCUGGAAUCGAACUACUCCACCAGAAGCUAGAGCUGCCUGAGAAUGUGUCCGGCGAAUUUGGAUGGUCCUUCUGCCUGGCUUGCGUCUCAGCUCCCUUACAGUUCAUGGCUUCUGCUCUCUUCAUCUGGGCUGCUCAUACCAACCGGAAAGAGUACACCUUAAUGAAGGCAUAUCGUGUGGCCUGAGUGGGAAGCUGCCUGCUUUAGCAUUGCCAUUUUUAUGAUUUUUGAUAUUAAUGUUUUCCCCUUAUCUGCCCCUAAUUGUUUUUAAUUUAACUUUUUUUUUUUGUGGGUAUACCAUUUUAUCCUGAAAAUCCGUUUUAUUUAUUCAUACAGAUGGUUGUUCCUUAAUACCACUGAAAUUUAUAUGGGAACCUGAGGGAUUCCAUCUUUCAGGCAAACUAAUCUAGGUUCAAAAUCCAGACAGAAAAAAAUGAAUAGACACUUGGCACAGAUUUGGGAAAGAAAAUUGGUAGUGGAAGAGUGACCCAAAGUGAGUUCUGCUGAUGUCUGUUGACUUUUCAGUAAAGUAACUGUAUCUGUUCAACUGGAAACUCUUAAGAUUCUUUGAGACCCCUAUAAAUUGUCAAAACUUAUAUUCAUUUUGCUACUGUGGAUAGCCAGUCAACCAGAGGUAUUGGUGUAUUUUCAAGGACUUAGACUAUCUGAAAUAGGGAAAUUACCUAAGAUCUUUUUCCCUAAAUAUUGGCAUAUAGCUUCAUCUGAGGUGAAAUAUGGCAGUUGUUUAUCUACACUGUGUCUGUUUACAAUAAAGGAAGUGUUUACAUGGAAUUUUAACUUUGUAAUUGCAAGAAUUCCAAUUCAGCCAGACACUUUUUUUUUUUUUUAACUCUCCUUAAUAUGUCAAUAGGAUUUUCAGUAUCACCAACCAUUUUGGAUUUUUGUUCCUUCCCUCUUCACACACCAGGCUUAUUAAAAGAGUGCUUUGUUUUUAACAUUACAUUAGGGUCACAGAGUAAAAUUCUCCAACUGCUAUCUAUUUAUUUCAGCUAAGUACCAUAAAGAAAGUUCAACCAUAAUGACCCUGUGGAGCUAGGAAAACUACCACAAGACCUAAAGCUUUGGCUGGUCACCGACUUCCAAGUAUGGUCUUUAUUUCUUGUGGUGAAAUGAUGUGCCUUUCCUUGCCUAAUCCCUUCCUGGUGUGUAUCAACAUUAUUUAAUGUCUUCUAAUUCAGUCAUUUUUUUUAUAAAUAUGUCUAUAAACAUUGAACUUAAAAAAUCUUAUUUAUUUAUUCCAUUACUGUAGUACUUGACAGAUUUUAAAAAAAAAAUGUAACUUAGUAAUUUCUUACAAUAUCCUAAAUCUGUCUUUUUUAAAAAAUAAAAUAAAAAAUGAGAAGAGACUCAGAA